AAUGUGUUGCUGGUCAAAGCACAGCAGGUUAGGCAGCAUCUCAGGAAUAGAGAAUUCGACGUUUCGAGCAUAAGCCCUUCAUCAGGAAUAAGAGAGAGAGAGCCAAGCCGGCUGAGAUAAAAGAGCACGAUGGCUUCAAGAACAGCCAUCGCAUUUGUGGAUACUGAUAACAUGCUGAAGUUUUUUGGUGAGAAACUGAAUGAUCUUAUUGAAGACUUUAAAGCAAAUGAAGUAUGGUUAAAAGAAAUCCAGGAGGAAGCCACAAAGAUGUUUAUCUGUGACUUUAAUGGAGAGCCAGAGUUGAUGCCAAAAACCCCUUCAGAAAGAAAACUGCUUAGAAAGCGUCUAUCUGUAAUUCAGGAUUCAAAUUAUAGGUAAGGGUUUUCUAGAAGCCGAAGAAGUUUAAGACGUUCUUCAGUUCGGCGGCCGAAACUCUUAAACAGAAUCUUUGUGGAAAAUAAUGGUAACUAUAAGAGCAGAACUGAGCAAGCCUGUCCUGUUCAUCUCUCACAAUCAGAGUCACCUUCAAGAGCAACAAUGGCCAAUCUAGAAACUGAACAACACAAUAUUGUCCCAGUUAAUAGAGUUCCAUUGAUUGAAUUGUCGCUGAAUGACUGCAAGCCUCCAGAAUUGCAGACGAAUCAUGUGGCCAACUUAGCUCAAUCUUUUCAGAUUUCUGAAGAUGUGAACUUGUUUCAAGAAACCGUUAAAGCAAAACAACCUGAGUGUGAAACUAUUUUGGAAACUGCAGUGAACCCCAGCAGCUCAAAUCCUGAAGCAAUGAAGCUGAAAAUUGAUGUUACUGCUAAAGUAAAUCCACUUACUGGAGACACCCAUUUAGCUAACUGGGAGUUAAGCGAUACCCCCAUUGCAGAUGGGGGUUCCAACUCUGGGGAAGUUGAAAAUGAGCUUGUUCGCAACCAUAAUCGCAGAUCGGUACGGAAAAGCAUUAGCAGUCGCCGGUCCAGCUGCUUCAGAUUGAUGGAUAAACUUUCACUGAAUGUUCAACGGACUACCGUGGUGCAGGAAUCCAGCAGAAAAUCUUCGCACAAAUCAAUUGCCUGGAGAAAAAAUAUGCAGGAGUCCUCUACUUCCAGUUAUCAUAACUCUAUUCAGAAAUUGAAGAAAAAUAUGGAAGAAGAAUGGCUAAUAAAUGGAGCACAAAACAUUGCCUCUUGUGCACCUUCAAAAGUGAUGGAAAUAAAUAUAAAAGUUCUAGAGCUGGCCACAUCAUGCCUUUUGCUGCAAGGGUAUCAUGGUUUAAGGAGGAAGUCUAGCACCAUUAUCUUGGGACAACUACUGAUGGAACUAUCUAUAUUCUUGCAUCUCAGAAUUGCAGCUGCUGGUCCUGAAAAGCAAGGUCCUCGAUGCACUAGAAAUGCCGCAAAAAUUGUGAAGGCCGACCUUGAGAAUGUGUCUCGGCUGCAAGCUUGUAGAAAUUCACCCAAGUUUCAGGGAAAAGAUAGCAGCAAUUCUGAUGAACUGAAUUCUGACAAUCAGAGGCUUGGGCAAGGCGCUGAAAAUGUGCAUAAUCAUGCUGGGGUGUUGAAUUGUGACGAUUCUCUGCCAAGAAAGAAGACUGCUUCCCCAUCUUGUCCUCCAAGUAAGGAAAAGGAGAAGAUCUGCCUGAAAAAUCUGAAGAAAGAAGUGAGAAUACAGAGACGAGAGGAAGAAAAGAAACGCCAAUUGGAAGAACUUAAAAAAAGGAGGCAUCUGAGAUGUGUUUUGGAAACUCGUUCCCGAGUUGAUCAACAAGAGGAGAAAAAGAGAAAAGCUGAGCAAAAGAAUUCUCAGAUUGAUGAAAAGGUACACCAGAUGCAUGAGAAAUGUCUUGCUGAAGAAAGAGCCAAGAAGAAAGCCCCUCCGAGGAAGGAAGAGGCAAAAUCCCGAAGGCCACAGGAAGAAGCUCAAAAACAGAAACUUCAGGUGGAAGAGAAACACCAAGAGCUGCUGCAACAGAAGGAGGAGAAGCAACACAAAAUGGCAGAAGCUAGAAAGCUUCAAGAGCAGCAACCAGCUGAGCUGGAGAAGGCCAAACUGCAUGAGUUGCAACUGACUACAGAUAGGCAGUGGGAAAGGGAGAGGGAGCAAGAGCACACCCAGACAGACAAAGAGUGUGAACAUCUAGAGAAAGACAAAGCCAUGCAGCAAAAGCUGGAGCAAACCACACCAGAGGAUGCUGCCCUGCUGGCUGAACAAGAACUCGGACAGCUUCAUGAAGCAACCCAAGACACACAAAGCAAGCUGGAAGAACAGCAAUUGGAAGAGCUGGGAAGUCUGACUUUAGCAAAUGAGGAAACAAGUCUAAAAUUGGAACCAAAGCAGCAAGAAAAUGAGAGUAGACUUUGUGAAGAUCAAAGAAAAUGCAAGGAAGAAAAGAACCUGAAAGUGAAGGAAGAGGUCUCCAACAAAAAUAUACUGAAUGUAACUAUAGAUGUCCAUGUGACGGUACUGGAGUCUUACACUAUGACUCCUAAUGGCUACUCAAAAAUUAAAUUGUCUAAAGUCGAUCUGGAAACUUACGGGAUGGAUUUACAAAGUGAUGAUUCAACAGAUGAUGAGGGAGCACCACGUAAACCUAUCCCUACUUGGGCUAAUGGUACCCAAUUGCAGCAAGCGCUCGUAAAGCAGUAUUAUCACCCACUUGAUUUAGACAAAUUCUUCGGUGUCAUUCAACCCCCAAAUCUUGAGAACAUCUUCGGUAAAAGCAAGCCACGUUAUCUGAAACGCACGAGUUCUGCAGUGUGGCAUUCGCCACCAGCAUCAAACAGUAUAAGGAACGUACCCUAUGGUUUUAUGAAAUACUGA